AAGCCAGAGGGAACGAAAGAGUAAUUAAUGUUGUGACAGUGUACAGUGUCAGGGAUAAGCUAAUAUAUACUUAAUACGACUGAUGCGAACAAUUUGCCAGGUCCAAUGGCAAAUAGUGGACAUCACUAUGAAACGAACACAAAAGAAUAUUUGAGAUAACAAUUUAUUAGAAUUUGUCUAAUAUUUACUAAUCAAAAAUGGCUUCAAGCACGAAAUCAGAUGAAACAAUGGAUACAGACAGUGAGAAAGUGGCCACAGAGAAUAUAGCUGGAAGCUUGACUUCAGGAGAGCCAGUUGGAGAAUCUGGCGAUAAAAUGGAAGUAAAUGUUGCCGAAGCUGUAGGAAAUGAAGAGACAAGAACUAAACAACACAUCAAGAAGGAUGACAGUGGUAUAUCUGUGGAAAAAUCUGAAAACAGUUCUGAUGAUGAUGCAUCUAAAAAGCAGAAGACAGUUAAUGGGCGGCUUCAGGAAGAUGGUAGUAGUUCUGCAAAUGGAACUGCAUUUUUUCCAAAACUGAAGUCGAAGAUUAGAAGCAGAAAUUAUCGCAUUAAGAAAGGUAGAGGUGUAGGCAAGGGAAGUUCUGAUGAUGAGGAUGAAAGUACAACUGUUGAAUCUGUACACAAUUCACCAAAGCCAGGAGAAGGAAGGAGUAGCCCCGAUUCUGGUCAUCAGGAGAGCAGUUCAGCUCCUGAUGAUGUGGAAGUUGAAGAGUCUAGUAAAGAAACAGCCGGUCUAGAAACUCCAGGUAUAGACAGCUGCAGGAAACGUUCACGAGCCUCUGAAAGUGAGGAGUCGGAUUCUGCUGGUAGUGAGGAGAGGAAGACUGAACUUUCAGACACUGAACUUGAGGAAGAAGAAAUCACGCCCAGCGUCUUACUGAAGCAGAAACCCAAACAUAAGUGGUUUGUUAUGCAAGAAGUUGUUAAUAGGCAGAAAGGCGUGAGUGGCCGUUGCCAAGGUGCAGAACUGUUCCAGCAGCGCUGCUAUGGGUCUCUGCAUUCGGUCCAGCGUUUGGAAUUGAUGUACAAGCUGGAGGCUCAUCAUGGCUGUGUGAAUGCUCUCCACUUCAACAAUUCAGGCACUCUGCUUGCAAGUGGCUCUGAUGAUCUCAGCAUUGUUGUGUGGGACUGGGCGCUUGGCAAGUUCCUAGUUUUCUAUGACAGUGGUCAUAGGAGUAAUGUAUUUCAGGCCAGGUUUCUUCCCUUAACUGGAGACACUCAUAUUGUGUCAUGUGGACGUGAUGGACAAAUCCGUCUGGCAGAAUUGUCCUCAAUGGGUGUCUGCCAUUCAACCCGUCGCUUAGCUCAGCAUCGGGGACCAGCUCAUAAAUUGGCCAUACAGCAGGAAACACCCCACGUGUUUCUGAGCUCAGGCGAAGAUGCACUAGUCAUGAGUGUUGAUGUUCGCGAAACAAAACCAGAGAAGCUUCUUUAUGUAAAAGAUGGUGAAAGGAAGAUACCAUUGUACAGCAUUCAUAUGAAUCCUCUAAAUAACAAUGAGUUUUGUGUUAGUGGCCGAGACAAUUAUAUACGUAUUUAUGAUAAAAGGAAGGUGUCUGACAACACUCAGCUCAAAAGGUUUUGCCCUAAGCAUCUGACAAACUCAGGCACUUUCACUCAUGUCACAUGUGCUGUGUUCAAUUAUGAUGGAACAGAAAUUCUUGGCUCAUACAAUGAUGAAGAUAUUUACCUUUUUGAUACAAGACAUCCUGAUGGUUCCGAUUUCAUACAUCGAUUUGAAGGUCAUAGGAACAAUGCUACAGUGAAAGGAAUCAGCUUCUUCGGUCCCAAGAGUGAGUACAUCGUCUCCGGAUCGGACUGUGGCAACAUAUAUUUCUGGGACAAAGGGACAGAAUCCAUCGUGCAGUGGAUGCUGGGAGAUGAGAAUGGCGUGGUGAACUGCUUGGAACCACACCCUCAGAUCCCUGUCUUAGCAACGAGCGGUCUAGAUGAUGAUGUCAAAAUAUGGGUGCCUUCCUGUGAGCAGGAACCUGCUAUGGCCGGUCUCAGAUCUGCUGUGGUUUCUAAUUACAAGGGCCGUGAAGAUGACCGCCAGCGAGAUCCUGAUGCUUUUGAUGGUCAGAUGCUGUGGAUUCUUUGGCGACACAUUCGACGGACUGAGCGUAGGAGGCAGUCGCAGAAUCAGAACUCGCCCGGCUGGUCCUCUGUACCUCCAUUUAGUCGUGCCUCCCGUGGCAGCAGUGCUGGAGGACUAAGGACAGCUGCUUCAGCUCCUGAUCAGGACACAACUACUAGUGAGAGCUCCAGCUCGGAUAGUGAGGAUGGAGCACAGCGUGUCCAGUGCUCCCCAUCCUAAGGUAUCUGCUCUUGUGAGGGUGUCCUUAUUUAUUGAGGGAUGUUUGUAAUAAUUAUGUUGUUUAGUUUGUUCUAACAUUGCUGUUCAGGUCAGCCAGUACGCAUAACAUAGCAUCUGAUGGAGAAAAAAACUGCAGUUGCCUAGUUUCUAAACAGUCCACUGUUCAAGAUUUCACAGAAUUCUUUGUGAAUUAAAUUCUCUUCCAGUUCUGAAAAGUAGCAUAGGGCCUCCUUCAUUGGCAAAAAAAUAAGAUCUUUAAAUGUGUUUCAGAGAUCUGUUUGUAAUAAUUCUCUGGAAAUAGACUUUCCAAAUUGAACAUAAAACUGUGAUGGUUCUAUAAGAAGGACAUUUAUUUAUACCAAAUGUUAGAAAGUGUGCGAUGUGUUUUACUCCCCAAAGAAAUUGUUGUGUUAACAAACUCUAACAUUAAAGAAUUGAAAAAAGUAUAUUACAUAGGAGGAGAUUAAAAGUAGAAUAUAAUUCUAGUGAUUCAGAUAAAAGAAAGAAAGAAAUUUAACAAAUUUCAUAGUGACUCUAACAUGAAGUUAUUUUCCAUAAGUGUAGACAGGGAAUGUUUCUUCACUCUUAUACCAACACUAAGAAAACAACAGCAAGACUCCUUCUUUCCAGGAUGUGAUUCUGUGUAGUCUGGUAGAUCAUUACCGGUUUUUCGGAUAAACACUGCCUCCAAAUUCAAGGCAGGAGAGUAACCGAGCACAAGAAAGUGGUACCAGCCCCAGUACUCCCUCUGUGUAUGUCCAUACCUUUCUUCCAUGCUCCCCUUUCCUGAGGAUGCGGAUAGCACAGUCCUCCAUAUCAUCGGUAAUUAUCUACAAGACAACAUGGUGUCACAUACCAGAAGAUAAGGAAUCUUCAUAGUCACUACAUUGGGAACCUCAGGUCUCACAAAACUGCGGCAAUAUGAACCCUAUCGCAUGUCACAUAGAUCAGAACAUGCCUCACACACACACACACACACGUAUUUAUUGGACAGUGAUGGAGAGAGGUCUGUUCCUUGUAUUUUGGUGACUUUCAAACGAAUGUUCACAAAUGGAUGUUGAAAAGUGCAUGCUGUACUUCCUAUACUGCGAGGUGAAGUCCCAAUAUUUUAAAAUUAAUUUUAAAAGAAAGUAUAAAAUAACCAUGCAUAAGAAAAUCCUAUUUUGUAAUAUACACAGAAACUUAGCAGGUUUAAGUAAUGCUGUCAUGUAUUUUGCAGGAAGAAACUGUAAAUCUCAAGCUAAGAACGUGUACAUUGGAAUAUAACAUAGAUGUGAAUGCAAAUAAAGAAUGCCUAUGAUAGCA